UUCAUGCAAAUCGAACCUGUGGAAAACUAACUCUUUGAGUUUCUAAACCGCUGGAGAUAACACACUGCAAACUGAUCAUUUGGAAAAACAAAAGAACAACAACGAACAACAAAGAACAACACAACUUCUGAAUCACUAACUAUUGUGGUGAAAGGAAGAGCUUGGGAAUGGCCUUUCGUCUGCCUGGUGGGACACCCGAGGAGCACCUCCCGGAUUCUCCGAGGGGACGCAUCCAUGGGUUGCACAUGCUUGCAAGACAAGGCCGUGCGGACAACUUCCCACGUCCAGCAGAGCCUGGCCUCCCUGAAGAGGAAGGUGAGUAUGACAUUGGUCACCGUUUUCCCCCUCUCAGAGAAGAUGAACAUCAAUUUGAGGAGUGGGAGGAUGAAGACCCAGAGGAUGAAGACGACUGGCCUGACUGGUCUGUAGAUCCUGGGUAUGGCUCCAUGACUGAAGAGGGCGAGAACGUAGAGGAAGAGGAGCAAGUGGAUGUUGAAAAUUGUGUUUACUCUGGACCAGAUGAGAAGGAUGGACGACCACAGGACUGGGAUGACUACAAGUCCAGCAAAAGAGCAGUGGUUGCCUUUCUUUCACUUGGCCAA